UCGACAUUCUCCGACGACGACUGCAGUCGCGCGAUAUAAGGCAGGCCUCUUUUUUUUCGUUGAUUUCUAGCCUUGGCAUAUUAGAUCUGUGCUACUUUUUCUGCUCUGUAAAGCUUUCUUGUCAGUGUUAGUACUUGCCAUCUUGCGGUUACGACGUGCAUUGCAAUCGAACCGUACCUGUCGCUGAGCAAGGGGGAAUUAACGGGAUUUAUAUCCCAGGAGGGAUCCUAGAGCCAUGGCGGAAGGACUACAUCCAAACCUGAAUUUGACACCGGAGGAGAAGCGAGUAUUUUAUCAACUAUUCCAAACCGCGGAUAAAACAAAUCUGGGCGUUGUUACCGGCGAAGUCGCAGUCUCAUUCUUUGAGAAGACCAAUCUACCUGCGGAAACGUUGGGUUUGAUAUGGCAAAUUGCAGAUAAACAGAACCGCGGCCUUUUAACGCCGUCUGGAUUCGGCAUCGUCUUGAGACUGAUCGGCCAUGCUCAAGCAGGUCGUGCUCCGACAGAAGAAUUGGCGUAUCAGCCCGGCCCGCUGCCAAAAUUCACUGGCAUCACCACAGAGCCACCUCCACCCGCAUCAGCAGGCAGUCCUCCCCCAGCGCCUGGUCCUACCAGAGUUCCACCGUUGAAUCAAGAAGAUAUUGCCAAGUUUUCCUCCCUUUUCGAGCGGUCUGAUACUCAGAAUGGCCUCAUCUCAGGGGAAACUGCGAAACAAAUAUUCGAACGCGCGCGGCUCCCAAAUGAAAUUCUUGGACGCAUCUGGAACUUAGCCGAUACAAAGCAACGGGGUGCUUUGGAUAUUACUGAGUUUAUCAUUGCGAUGCACCUUCUGACAGCAUUCAAAAUGGGGACGAUGCGCACUGUUCCACAAUCUCUCCCACCGGGACUCUAUGAUGCGGCUUGUCGGCGAGGGGAUGUGCGCACAUCAGUUGGCUCACGCUCCUCCGACGUACCUCCCGUACCGGCCAUACCAAAGCAAUUUACAGGUCCGGCGCCUCAUAGAACACAAAGCCCCCUGAACCGACAGCCAAUGAGCCCAUUAUCGGCCCACGGCACCGGUGGCGAUUGGCUGAUUACCCCUCAAGAGAAGUCGCAUUUUGAUUCAAUAUUUAACACUGUGGAUAAGCGUAAAGUUGGAUUUCUGAGCGGUGACGAUGCCGUUGGUUUCUUCGCAAACGCACAAUUAUCCGAAGAAACUCUAGCACAAAUUUGGGAUCUCGCCGAUAUUGAUUCCGAUGGCCAAUUAAGCAAGGAUGAGUUCGCAGUAGCAAUGUACUUGGUAAGACAACAACGGACUACAAGGGAACCUCUCCCGCAGUCACUACCACCUGCUUUGGUCCCGCCAAGUAUGCGACGGCAAUCCGCUCCACCUCCACAGCCUAUACAGCCACAGACCACUGGUGCUCGAUCUGCCGCUGAAGACUUGUUUGGGCUCGAUGUGUUUACCGCACCGCUUCAGACGUCCCAGUCAACAGGCGGGUCCAAUCCCUCCUUUCAAAGUCCUUCAUCUCCCAUGCGUCCACCACCUCCAGCUAAUGUUUUUAAACCUUUUGUUCCUUCGUCUUCAUUUGGCCAAAGUCUCACGCCCCAUGCAACUGGAUUAUCAAGCACGAGUGCGCAGCCACGCUCACCACCUCAACCUUCAGAUGACCUGCUUGGAGACGCUGAUCCAGAAGAGAGCAAAAAGUUAACUCAAGAGACAACAGAGCUUGCCAACCUUUCAAACCAGGUUAGCACAUUGUCAAGAGAGAUGGAAAACGUUCAAGCCAAGCGUGGGAAUGCAGAGCAGGAUUUAGCUCAAACGAACCGACAAAAACGAGACUUUGAGACUCGCCUUGCGCAAGCCAGGGCAAUGUACGAGCAAGAAGUCAAGAGUUUCAAAGCGCUCGAAGAACAACUAGCAGCUUCAAAGGCGGAAACGAAAAAGCUACAGCAAGAUUUCGCCAUGGUUGAUGGUAGCCGCCAAGAUCUACAAAACCAGUUCAAUCAAGUUUCGGCUGCACUGGAGGCAGAUCAGCGCGAAAACGCAAAUCUGAAAGAGAAGAUACGGCUGGUGAAUGCUCAAAUCAGCCAACUCAAACCUCAGCUCGAAAAAGCGCGAUCAGAAGCGCGACAGCAGAAAGGACUGGCUGCGAUUAACAAGAAACAGCUUACCACAGUGGAAGGAGAACGAGAUCGAAUUCAAGAAGAAAUAAAUUCCAUGGGAAAGGAGAUUCAAGAGUCCGAACGGCAGACCAGCCCACCACCAGUUACGAGCCCUGCAGCAUCCAAUGCUAGCCAAGGAACAAAUCCAUUUUUUAAGCGGACUCCAAGCGCAUCAACCGAUCAAGCACUGUCUGCGAAUCAUACUGGUGGCGACGGGCAAAAUACUGCUCAAAAUAUCUUUGAUAAUAUGUUCGGCGCAGCAUUUUCCGCCCCUUCAAAAACGUCUCCUCCACCGCCCACUACUUUCAGGACCGAGGCCUCCACCCCGCAACCCCAAUCUGCCGAUGUUGUGACGGCAUCGACUACGCAUGAGGGUCAAUCCCCGUCCACCACGUUUGAUCACGUUCCUGAUGCCGUUGAGCCUCCACCUCCUCCACGGUCAAGACAACUAACACCUAACGAACUUCCUAUCGAAGGGCAUAAAGAAUCGCAGUCCACGUCUGUUAAAACUUCUCCGCCAGGAAGCAUGUUCGGCGACGAUCUACAAGCUGGAGCCGCGGCACCGCCCUCCAACUCAAAAGAGACCUCGCCAUUUGAAAGCGGGGACCCUUUCUCUGAAAACGUAAAUAAAAAAAAUUCCCUAGAAAAUGAAGGCUUAGCUCAAAACGAAAAACAGUCUACAAUACCGGGCGCAUUCCCAGCUGCGACUUCACCGCAAGGACCGGCCAAGAAGGACUUUACCUUCGAUGAGCUAUUCGCAGGACGCACUCAUGAACGCUCCCAGUCACAAAAGGCUCUUGACUUUGAAGAGGCAUUUGCAGCAAUGAAGAAGGAUCCUAAGAAAGAUUCUGCCAAUGAGGCACAAAUGGCAGGCGGUUCUAACGAGUUCCCACCCAUCAGGGAGCUAGAGGACGAUGACAAUAGCACCGAUAGUGAAGCUCCAGCUGGUUUUGAUGAUGACUUUACUCCGGUUUCCCCACCAAGAGGCAAUGGUACCAAAGAGAUUCAACCGUUCCCUCCAAACGAAGCUACACCACUACCUGGCCCAGACGCUCAACCGUCUCCUCCAGGUUACGAUGGAAGCGCAUCGAAACAACCAACUGGCACAGCGCCACCUGAGUUUGGAGAUCUUCUUCCCGGUAGAACAGACCCAACUGCGCCUGGGGAUGCACCCCAUUCUAUCGAUGCGACCACCGGUGCUCCCAUCAUAGGAGGUGUGUCUAAGGCACCUGCCGACUUUGAAGCAGCCUUUGCGGGUCUGGACCUCACGCCUGCGAAAGAGGCCGAAGAUGACGAUGACGAUGAAGACGAUUUCGAGUCACCAUUCAACAAGGACCCAUCUAAUUUCGAUAUGACUUUCGACUCUCCUGGACCUUCUAAAUCGAACGCGGCUGCCGACGCUCCAAAUAUCAAUGAAAGUGCUAACGCAAACUUUUUCAGCUUCAAUUCUGCGGGAGGCUCUUCCUCAGGGGAUGGAAAACAACCAGUAACCCAGCAGAACGCCUCAUCCCUCUCGCAGCAACCCUCUUCGCACGAUUGGGAUGCAUUGUUCUCAGUUCUCGACGAGGCGAAAGGACAAGGGGGUGCAGGAAAGCCAGAAGCGAAUUUUUCAACAUCUGCACCACCUACGUCCACGGAGCCUUCGCAAGCGACUGUGACGGCAACAGCAAGUCCUACCGGCCAAUCCAAGCAACCUGGGUGGGCCUUGAAUGCAGAUUCGGGCGAAGAUGACUUGAUAUUACAGCGGUUGACUUCCAUGGGCUAUCCCCGGGACGAGUCGUUAGCGGCGCUCGAAAAGUUUGAUUAUAAUCUUGACAAGGCGGCUGAUUUCUUGGCGUCAAAGUCGUGACCCCCACCCGUUGCUUGCCCGCCAUGAGGCCCUGUAGUCAAACUUGCGAAUGAUCAAUAUACUAGAAGCUAGACUCCACUUCAACCACUUUAUACCCCCCUGAGUGCGAUCUUCAAGCAGGGAGGCAUCAAUAGAGGAUCGUAUCCUCUGAGACCUCUUCCCACUCGCACCCCCUUUUUUUCCUCUUUCUAUGCAUUUAAAGUUGAUUUGAGCUAUUGAAAUCGUUGGAGUGCAAAUUUCUUUUUCUUUUGAUUAUGUGGUAUACUCUCAUUUGCAUAUCGAUUCCCUUAAGAUGACUUGCAUGGCUUUAAUAAUAUUUGUAUA